GAUUAGAGGUAGCCUGCACUGCACUGCGGACAAAAUAGUGCAGUGAGAAUUGUUAGAUAGGCUAUAUCAUUCACGUUUAGGCACAUAUAACAGUAUGUUUCGUUGUAUUGUGUGAUGGGGUGUUUGCCAGUCUAUGGUGAAUAGAUCAGUCGCUUGUAAUAUGGGUGGAAGUGGAAUGAAUUAGAUUGCUAUUUUACUGUUCGCGUCAUUUGGACGUGUUUAUGUUGUACGCUGGCGUGGCUGCUGCCUGCUUGCUUGUUAGUCUACAGUAACUGUGGAUAUUCCUCUGUGGAAACGCUUCCCUGCGUAGGUAGGCUAUUGAAUAUGUGCUGUCAGUGAUUUGGAUUUGUGAGUGGGCUAAUCAUUUUCCUUAAUGUUUACAUCCAGUAGCCUACAUGUGUGCAUUGCCAUUGCAGAGUACAGAUUAUUGAGUUUCCUAGACUACUGCACGCUAUGCCGUGUUAAAAUCCAAGUAAUUGUCGAACAUGCUACCAUAUCGACAGUGUAUGGACUAGAGAACUGGAGUGGUCUGUGAAACUGUAGCUUAUGUGAACAUAGGAUACAGUUGCGCGUUUGAAGGGCGCAUCGCAUCUCUCGGACUCCGGGCGAUGGUCUCGAGGACGCUCCUCUGCGUUUUGUGCAACCAAGAUCCAAAUGAAGAUUGCAAAGAGGCGGAAACGGAUGACUUGUAAUUUCUUUGCCAGAUAAAUGGCUCAUUUAAGUUGGGAGCUGCUCGGGUUCUGUCCGGCUGGCAGCAGUGCCUAGCGCCAGCGCUACAGGACCAAGCCAAUAUGAAUGGCACCAGUGAGCAGGUUGACAUCUUGCCUCCCAACUGCAUGGUGAAGGACCGAUGGAAAGUGCUGAAGAAGAUUGGUGGUGGAGGAUUUGGAGAGAUCUAUGAGGCACUGGACCUGCUAACCAGAGAGAAUGUGGCUCUGAAGGUGGAGUCAGCCACGCAGCCAAAGCAAGUCUUGAAGAUGGAGGUGGCUGUUUUAAAGAAACUUCAAGGAAAAAAUCAUGUCUGUAAAUUCAUUGGCUGUGGAAGAAAUGAUAAGUUCAACUAUGUUGUUAUGCAACUUCAGGGACGCAACCUGGCAGAUCUCAGGAGAAGCCAACCUCGUGGCACUUUCACCAUGAGCACAACUCUUCGCUUAGGAAAACAGAUUCUUGAGUCUAUAGAAGCCAUUCAUUCGGUUGGCUUCCUGCAUCGUGAUAUCAAACCUUCAAAUUUUGCCAUGGGAAGAUUGCCUUCAACAACCAGGAAAUGUUAUAUGCUGGACUUUGGGCUUGCACGGCAGUACACAAACACAAAUGGAGAGGUUCGACCACCAAGAACAGUUGCAGGUUUCAGAGGAACUGUACGAUAUGCAUCGGUCAAUGCACAUAAAAACAAAGAAAUGGGUCGCCACGAUGAUCUUUGGUCUUUAUUUUACAUGUUGGUGGAGUUCGCUGUCGGACAGUUACCAUGGAGAAAAAUCAAGGACAAGGAACAAGUUGGACAGAUUAAGGAACGUUAUGACCACCGGAUGCUGCUGAAACACAUGCCUUCUGAAUUCCAUGUCUUCUUAGAGCACGUCUUAGGCCUUGACUACUACACCAAGCCAGACUAUCAGCUCCUGAUGUCAGUGUUUGACAACAGUAUGAAGGACAGGAUUAUAACGGAGAAUGAGCCGUAUGAUUGGGAGAAAGGUGGGAAUGACACCCUGGUCUCCACCAACAGCACGUCCACAGCACCACAGCACAACACGCGGCAGACGGCAGCCAUGAUGGGGGUGGUGAACAUAACCCCGGGUCCUAGUGACAUGCAGCGUGAAAACACAGACGAUGUGCUGCAGGAUGAGCACCUGAGUGACCAGGAGAAUGCCCCUCCUGUUCUGCCCUCACGGCAUACAGCCACAGAAGGAGAUUGGGAAGAUACAGACUUCAACCGCAAUAAACUCAGGAUAAACCUUGGCAAGGCUGGGCUGGAGGAGGAGUGUAAUCGUGGGGUAUGUCCUGAAUCCCCCAGUGGCCAGGUGCGUUCACUCCGAUACCGCCGGAUCAACAGCCCAGAGUCUGACCGCCUCUCUGCUGCUGAUGGGAGAGAUGGUUAUGGACAGAGGUCACGCAUGGACAUCCUAGGGUCGCCUUCACGGCAUCUAUACUCCUCCCAGCCUGCACAGAUGCUCUCGCUGGAUGGUUGCCGUGGCAACCCACUGGCUAGUGGUCGACAGGAAGCCUCUGCAUCAGUGGACCAAGAGGCCCACAGUAAUGCCUUCAUUGGGUCUGUGCCACUUGCCGAAGAGGAGGAUUUUGAUAGCAAGGAGUGGGUGAUCAUUGACAAAGAGACAGAGCUCAGGGACUUCCACCCAGGAGCAGAGCCCACCACGUCUGGCACCACAGACGAGGACCCCGAAGAGCUGAGGCCCCUGGAGGAGCAGGAUGAGCGGAGGAGGCUAAGGGGAGCGAUGUGUAUGGAUCAGACGGUGCGACCCAAAACCAGUUGGUCAGGAGGUGGGGACAGGGCCCGGUCCAUGCUGCCUGUCACUGAGGAGGAGGUGUCCAAGCGCAUCAGUGGAGCGCGAGCUGGUCAGUCGACCACAGAUAGUCCUGCUCAGUCACCAAGCAGCUCAUUGCCACGAAGGAGGGAGUCAGACCCAACAGGACCUCACAGACCGGUUUUGUCACCUAAAGCGAUGGAGUCAAAUGACACCCCUCUGCUGUCUCCAACUGAGUACCGCACUAAGGCUCAAUCUUCUGAGAAAGAGCUCCUCUACAUUUUGCCACAACUGCAGGCCAAGAGGGCCGACUUCCUUACGGUCAUGCUGACCGGCUCUCUGCACCAGCGCCGCACGUAUGCUGCCACUCCUCCGGACACCCAGCACAGUGGGCCCCAAGACGAUGACGUCACCAAGAGUGAGUCCAGCAGCAAAGCUAGUGACCGGAGCACUGAGCGGAGUCAAGAUGGCGCUCCCUCCACCCUCAUGGCUGAUGACCACGAGGAGCGCCUCGGGGAGUCCUCAUCUGUGGCUGAGGUAGAUGUUGACCCUGACCCAGACCCUGAUCCAGAUCCAGAUGCAGAAGACAUCUCUAAAACUCUGGUCCUGGUCUCUCCUGGAGACAUAAGGAAGUCCCACAACAAUAGGGAGAUGGCUAUAGAGGCAGAUCACGGAAUGUUUGGAAGUAUUCCUCUGACCAAGCAUGCCCAGACAGCAGCAGAGGGUGGACAUCAAGGUGUUUUAGAGAUUGGAGCUUCACCCUGCACUACCACCCUACACACUUCCAAGCUUUUGGUCACCACAUCCACUAGUCCACAUACUCUAACAUCCAUUGUUCAUGCUUCAAUUCCAUCACCCACUUUCUCCAAAGUGGAGCAAACUUUUGUCCAUAUUGCAGAAACAACCCACAUGAAUGUCAUGUCCUCUAGUCCUCCCCAGAAAAAAGAUGUCAACCAGGAGCAGAGCGAAAUUGGGAGGGAUCAUGAGAAUGACCCUUCUGCUGAACGGGAAAAGGCUACAGAGAAGCCUCUCCCAGCAGUCAGUGGGUCUUUAAUUGAGACUGUUCUUCUGCCUGAUAAGCCUCCACUUCUAAUCUCAGUUAAUCUGGAAGAACUAGGGUCUUCUGAGAUGGUGAAUUUGAAUAAUCCCAAAGAAGAUGCACUUCAGGAACAGAUAGUGCACAAGGUAGUAUCAAAAUGCCAUGCUAAGAGCACAAGUCAGAUACCCAUCUUGAUCUCACGGAACAAUCUUGAUGGCUCAGCCUCUUGCAGAGAAUUGCUGCUCAAUAAGGGGAACCAAACAGAUCUGGCUCACCUAACUGUGCUGAAGAGGAAGGCCUCCAGAACUAAAUCCUCAUCAGGGUCUCUGACCCUGUCCACCAUGGGCUCAGAGGAAUGUCCACACACCAUAGAGGAGAAGGGAGAGAGGCCAAUGCGGAGUAGGAUUCCUCAGCCAAUAGCUACUGUCAAAACUCCUGUGCUCCCGAAGGUGCCAGCUGGUCCUGUGCCUGUGACUUCAGCAAACUCCAGCUUCUCCAGGAGAGCACCAACAAGUAACAUCCACCCUCCAGUGAACAAAAUGGCACCCAUCUGUGUCCCUGAGCAGAAAGAGCCCAGAUCCCCAAAAGCACACCCAUCAAAACCUGGUGGGAAACUCCACACGCUUCCCCACUGCAACUCCAACAGCACUGGCUCCACCCACAGGACCGCUGAUCCCUCGCUAUGUCGGCCACCUCUCCAUCCCUCGGCCACAGAGAGGCAGAGACAUAAAGCGCCAAAUCCAGCCAGCACAACUGUGCCCCUCCAGCAGAGAACUAGGUCUAAGGAAGGGGCCACAGCACAGCCAUCAGUGACUAUGCCUUCCAGGAAACCACCCAAAGCUCCAGCUGCUGUGAGAGUCAGAAAAGUAAAGAGUGCAACAGCUGAUAGAUGAUACAAAGCUUCUCAUUUGAUGGACUGAGGACAUGUGGUAAAUACAUUAUUAAGCAGAAAUGGCCUGAAAUUAAAAAAGGGACAGGCAUUACUCUUUGGACAAAUCAGUCAAAUAUCAUCGUUGGCUGUAUGUGACUUUCAUUAUUUGUUGCUAUGUUACCAAACAGUGAUUUGCGGUUUUAUUUUUUUAACAAGAGCUUCCAGAAUUAUAUUAGCACUCUAGAAGUUACACUCUAGAGGUUAUAUGUUAUAUUAUGCCAAUACGGUGCUAUCUGUAAACUGUCCCCUAUAUGCUGAUGUGAUUUAUCAUUCAUGAAGAUGAAGAUCUCUUUGGGAUUUCUUCUUUGUUUUCUUCAGGUCUGAUGUCAGAUGCCUGCAAACUGUAUGAUGCCAAACUUGCACCUUUAAAACAUAUUAACCUUUUUUUACCAAAAGUUAAAUCCUGUCAAACCCUGUUCCAGUUUUUACAAUCACUCUUUUAAUAGUGGAUUGAUCCACAAUACAUCUUCAGUCAGCACAAAUAUAAAAAAACAUGCCCAGAAUUAAUCUCCACAUACAGCUGUUUGAUGCAUACAUGAUAAGCCCUUUCUGAAAAUCAACAAUACAAUUCUGCCCUCCUUGUACUCCUGAUUCAGUGUGUAUGAACUUAUAUAUUGGUUGUAUUUCACAUAACUACUAUUUACAUGCAAUUGCAAUCAUUUUGUGAAGAGAUUUUUGUAUUUGUGAUGUAUAAUGACUUAUCAGAAAUUUUAGAUUACCUUUCCCAUGGUUGGAUUGGGUCCUUCUUGUCUUUACACUGGAUAUUUUAUCUUCCUCAGAAUAUCUUUGAUUAUUUUUCCAUUAUUUGGUCGUAGAAACAUACUGUAGAAAAUAACAAAGGUAUGUCUGCCUUUCAUUAAUACAUCUACACCCUCGAAAAAGGAACAGUUUAGUUAUUGAGGACUCAGAUUAGUCUAUUGGUCUAUGUUGGGUUUUUUUUUUUUUUUUUUCAAACGCAGCAAGCAUGCUUAACCAGUUAUUCCCAUAACAUCCACUGUACUGAUUUUUGUGAGUAACUUAGGCAUAAUUUAUGCAAAUAAUAGCCUAUAUUAUUCAAAUCGAGAAGGUAUUUAGAGGGAGUGUUUACAUACUUAUAAUCUGUUAGUACCCUGUCUGACAUAACAGUCUUCCACAGUCACAUAAUGCAGUGGAACAUAUGUGCAUGUCAAGGUUUUGAAGGUCAGGUGGUCCCAGUUUCAUGGUGCUGAUGCCAUAGACUGUCGUGAUAUGUCCUCAAAGGAGGUAUUCAGGAACAUGUAGGUGAAAAAAGCCCACAAUUUGUCCUAGACGGAGAGCUGAUUAGAUAUCACUUAUCUACCUGGUAAAUCCUUAAAAAGCAAUUAGUUGGUCUUGAUCUGAAGUUAAUGACAUAAUUUUACAUAUUUAGUUAUAGUUAAUGACAUAAUUUCACUGCAUUUCUUACAUCCAGUAACUAUAUGCAUGUGACAAUGAACUUCCUUGUAUCCUUGUAUGAUGAAUGGAAUGGAUGAAAAUAGGAACGUUGUAUGUAUUCUGUAUUCUGUCACUAUAAGUCACAUAUUUCGACAGUGUAUAAGGAGACUAUUAACUCUCUCUAGUGAUCAACAUUAGAUUGCAUCUCUGCACUUUGCCAAUGACGUAACUUCUAAAUCAUGGACAUGUACUGCCAUUGCUCAUUUGAUGACUAUACAAAUUAUCUCAAAAGAUGCUUAGAAACCGUCUAAUGACACUCCCCACCACAACAAUAAUUUGUUGUUUGAACACUGAUCAUUAUAAAACUAGUCAAACUUUCCAUUACCUCUCUAUGACCAUUUUUUGCAGCUUCACUCAGAAUAUCUAAAUGACCUAUUGCCCUAUUCAUCCCACAUUUUAAAUGUACUGUAGAUCUGCAUUUUAAACAGCUCUAUGUGUAUUUUAUUUGCUUUAUUUCCAUACUAUAUGUAUUAUAUAUUCCUUUAUAUUCUAAGGAAUGGCUAUGUUUCAGCCUGGUAGAUUUUUUAGUUUCCUUGUUCACGUGCAGUUGACCAGUGACUUACCUGAAGCAGAUAGCUGUGAUGAAUAUGUGAUAAAAGAAAUUACUGUAAGGAACAAAUUUAAGAUUUGAUAAGAUGAUUACCAGUACAAUCCAGUACCUUAGACCAGAGAAUAAUAUGUCAGGGCAAACUAAAGCUGUUCCAAAAUACUCCAUGGGACUUUAUAAUAAAUAUUUUCUUUUCCGCUUUUGCAUAAACUUUAUUCAAUGUUUUGUAUAAACGUUAUACAAAAGCAAACUGUGCAUGUCAGUACUGUGCUCUCUCUCUCUCUCUCUCUCUCUCUCUCAUACAGUAUGCUGUAGAUAUCGUAGUUAUUAUUCUAUAUAUUUUUCUAUCAAACCAAAAGUGCACAACACUAAAACUGUAGAGAGUACUGUAAUGUAUCCAUGCCUCUGUAAAGAUUUUGUGGUCAGGUGAAUAUAGCUGUGACUAAAUGAUUAUCUUUCAAACAAA